AUGGGAAAGAAUAAGACUAAGUCAACAGUAAAGAAUAAUGUCAAGCAGUUUCCAAUCAAGAUGAAGAAGAAACCGAAGAGUCAACAGUCCCAAUCUGAUGUUGCAUCUCCACCUCAUAGUGCUUCACUUUGCUCAAAGCGCCGAUCACCGAGAAAUUACAAGUUCGCAGAACCAACUGUUCCUACUUCUCCAAUUGAUACAAAUACUUCUCAGAGGCGAUCAUCACCAAGGUUCAAAGAGUCUGCAGAACCAAAUGAUACAAAUACUUCUCAGAGGGGAUCAUCAUCAAGGUCCAAAGAGUCCACCGAACCAACCAAUCCUCAAAGUACCCGAACUCCAUCACAUCAAAAACAUUUAACUUCACCAUGUAAGACACUAGCUUCUAAGAGGAAGAAGGUGCUGAAACCUACAAAGUCUAAAGAAGAUGCUGCAAAUUCUAAAGAGGGGGAUUUUGAAGAGGAAGAAGAAGAUGAAACUUUACAGCACAACAUAGACGUGCAAAAGGAAGAUCCUGAUGUUGAUUCUGACGGAGAAAAAGACAAUGGUGAUGAUUCUGAGGCUAGUACUGAUGAUAAGAUGGAAGGUGAAGAAGAUGAGGUUGUUGAACCAAAUAAUAAAAGAAAGUUUGUUCCACGUGGACCAGUCCCAACAAUGCCUUCCUACGAACAGAGAGAACACAACCUUUACUAUUCUCCAGUGCUAGAUUAA